AUGCACCUGCAGCUCGACGUCCCAUCACCCAACCGCGCUCUGUUCACUGGCUCUGUUCGGACUUUGUCGGUCAAACCCCGCUGGAGAGCCGCUCUGCGGGUUGAUAAAAGAGGAGAGUGGAGAGAAGAUAAUACGCACAGGGCAUUCUCAGCGAAGAUGUCUGAUCUGGCCGUGUUGUUGUUACUGCCUGUCCUGUGUAACAUCAUCAGGAACUGCGGCGCUGCAUCCUCAGUAUCCUACUUUAUCACUGAUGAUGUGCAGCUGACAUCUGAGUCUGUUUGUAUCUUUUGUGCAGGGAAGUGUGAGGACAGCCUGGCCACUCCUCUCCCCUACAGCUCCUUCACCAGUUCAUCAGUGCAUGCUCGAGACCAUGGAGCUGGUUACGCCAAACUCAAUCGGAAACAAGGUGCUGGAGGGUGGUCGCCCUCGGAUACAGACCGUUAUCAAUGGUUACAGGUGGACCUGGGUUCGAGGAAGCAAGUGGUUGCUAUAGCGACACAGGGUCGUUACAGUAGCUCUGAUUGGACUAGUAAAUACAUGCUGCUUUACAGUGACACACAGAAAAACUGGCGGCCUUAUUUACAGGAUGGAAACAUCUGGAUGUUUGAGGGGAACAUAAACAGUGAUGGUGUGGUUCGCCAUGAGCUGCAGCAUGCUAUUCUGGCUCGGUACAUCCGCUUCAUCCCUUGGGACUGGAACAGUGAGGGACGCAUCGGACUACGUUUGGAACUCUACGGCUGCUCAUACUGGGCAGAUGUGAUCAGUUUUGACGGCCAUGGCAUCAUCUCAUACCGCCUCAGAAGUAAAAAGAUGAAGAUUGUGAAGGAUGUAAUCUCUCUGAAGUUUAAAACCACGGCUAGAGAUGGGGUGCUGCUCAAUGGAGAGGGACAGCAGGGAGACUACAUUUCCCUGGAGCUCCGCAGGGCACGACUGCAGCUCAGCAUCAACCUGGGCAGUAACCAGUAUGGUUCCAUCCAGGGUCACACCUCUGUGACCAGUGGGAGCUUACUGGAUGAUGACCACUGGCACUCAGUUGUCAUAGAGCGUUACCGUAGGAAUGUCAACUUCACCCUGGAUCACCACGUUCAGCAGUUCAGGACCAAUGGAGAGUUUGACCACCUGGACCUGGACUAUGAGAUCAGUUUUGGAGGGCUGCCUAUAUCAGCGAAGCCAAGCUCAGGAGGCAGAGAUAACUUUGUGGGCUGCAUGGAGGGAAUCACCUACAAUGGAGACAACAUCACUAGCCUGGUCCGCAGGAACAAGGUGGACACCUCCAGCUUUCAGCGCAAUCUGACUUUCUCGUGUGCUGAGUCCAACUCCUUCCCUGUUUUCUUCAACUCCACAUCCUUCCUGCGGCUGCCGGGUCAGAGUGACAGCGACACUCUGUCAGUCAGUCUGUCUUUCAGGACGUGGAACCCCAACGGGCUGCUGAUGUUCACAACACUGGUUGAUGGUUGGGUGGAGGUGGGGCUGACCGAGGGCAAGAUCACAGUCUACAUGAAUGUGACGCAAAUGAAGAACAUACGUAUUGACAUCUCAUCAGGUUCAGGUCUGAAUGAUGGACAGUGGCACAGUGUCCAUCUGAAUGCACUGGAGAAUUAUGUUAUGCUCACAGUUGAUGGAGACGAGGCAUCCACAGUCAGAACAGUCAUCCCCUUCCAGAUCCAGACAGGAGGAACAUACUACUUUGGAGGCUACUUCCUGCACACUAACAUCCGGUCACAUCAGCGCUCCUUCCAGGGCUGCAUGCAGAUGAUCCACAUAGACGACCAUCUAGCUGACCUCAGGGCUGUGGAGCAGGGCCUCAUUGGAACCUUUGAGAAUGUCAGCCUGGAUAUGUGUGCCAUUAUAGACAGGUGUGUCCCUAACCACUGUGAGCAUGGUGGUCGCUGUUCACAGACGUGGAAUACAUUCAGCUGCGACUGUAGCAGCACUGGAUACACUGGAGCUACCUGCCAUACAUCAAUGUUUCAGCAGUCCUGUGAGGAGUAUAAACACCAGGGUAAGAGCUCAGGGAGCUACUGGAUCGACCCAGAUGGCAGUGGAUUGAUCAGCCCCUUCAGAGUCAACUGUGACAUGACAGAGGAAAACGUUUGGACCACACUGAAGAACAACCUGUCUCCUCAGACAUCAGUCACCACUGCAGACAAGGAGGGGAAGGCAGUGCUGCAGAUCACUUACAAUGUGACUGAUGAACAGGUGCUGUCAGUCACCAGCAGUGCAGAGAAGUGUGAACAGUAUGUAGCUUACGCCUGCAGAAUGUCUCGUCUGCUCAACUCUCCAGAUGGUGUUCCAUUUACCUGGUGGGUAGGAAGAGGCAAUGAGAGACAUUCUUACUGGGGGGGUUCAGGACCAGGGAUACAGAAGUGUUCCUGCGGUAUUGAACACAACUGCACUGACCCCAAACAUUACUGCAACUGUGAUGCUGAACUGCGCACCUGGAGGGAGGAUGCAGGCCUGCUGGUGUAUAAAGACCAUUUACCAGUCAGUCAGGUUGUGGUUGGUGAUACAAGCAGAGCUGGAUCUGAGGCCAAACUGACAAUAGGGCCACUCAGAUGCCAUGGAGACCGGAACUACUGGAAUGCAGCAUCCUUCACCAGUCCUGCCUCCUACCUCCACUUCCCUUCCUUUCGAGGAGAAACCAGCACUGACAUCUCUUUCUACUUUAAGACUUCCUCCACUCAUGGAGUCUUUCUAGAGAACCUGGGAACCACCAACUUCCUUCACAUUGAGCUCCAAGGAGGCUCCGUGGUCUCCUUCUCCUUCGAUGUGGGUAGUGAGCGGGUGGAGCUCAGCGUCCACUCGCCGGUUCCUCUGAAUGAUAACCAAUGGCAUCGUGUGGAAGCUGAGAAGAACAUCAAGGAGGCGGUGUUGCUGCUUAAUAGGCAGUACAGAGAGGUCAGACUCACCCCUUCACAGGGACACACAAAACUGGAAUUCUACAGUGAGCUAUAUGUUGGGGCUUCGGGUGGUCAGAGGGGGUUUCUGGGCUGCAUGAGAUCUCUGAAGAUCAAUGGUGUGACCUAUGAUCUGGAGGAGAGGGCAAAGGUGACUCCCGGGGUGAAUCCAGGCUGCAAGGGCCACUGCAGCAGCUACGGGAUGCACUGCAGGAAUGGAGGGAAGUGUGUGGAGCAAUACAAUGGAUACUCCUGUGACUGCUCUCUUACUGCAUAUGAUGGACCCUUCUGCACUGACGAUGUGGGUGGCUACUUUGAGACAGGAACCUAUGUGCGUUAUGACUUCUUGCCGGAGGCAGGACCUUUUGCGUCGCAGGAGGUGAAGAGCCUGUCAGGUGUUCCUAGUGAGGCCAACCUUACUCAGGAAGAGCUAGUGUUCAGCUUCAGCACUUCCAGUGCUCCCAGCAUCCUGGUCUACAUCAGCUCCAGGACUCAGGAUUACCUGGCUGUGGUCCUCAGGCACAAUGGCACUCUCCAGAUCCGCUACAGCCUUGGGGGACUAACGGAACCGUACAUCAUAGAUGUUGACCACCGCAACGUGGCCAACGGACAGCCACACUCUGUCAACAUAACCAGGAACUUAAGGGAGAUACGACUACAGCUGGAUCACUACCCAGUGUCCACAUACACCCUGCCCGAGGCCUCCGACACCAAGUUCAACUCGGUCAAAAGUAUCUUCCUGGGAAAGGUCUUUGAAACAGGACAGAUUGACCCCAUCCUGAUCACGCAGUAUAACACGCCAGGCUUUGUGGGCUGUCUGUCAAGAGUUCAGUUUAACAGCGUGGCACCGCUGAAGGCUGCACUGCGCUCUGGCCUGGCAGCACCCGUUAGCACCCAUGGGAUCCUGGUCCCAUCCAACUGUGGAGCCUCUCCCCUGACCAUCUCUCCCAUGGCCUCGGCUAGUGACCCCUGGCACAUAGAAGCUGCUGGAGCCGUGUUCCCCUUUAAUGAGGACAAGGCCAGUCGGGAUGGAGUGGAUCGCAACUCUGCCAUAAUUGGAGGUAUCAUCGCCAUGGUGAUCUUCAGUGUCUUGUGCAUCAUGGUGUUUGUAAUCCGUCACAUGUUCCGUCAUAAAGGCUCCUACCACACCAAUGAGGCCAAGGGAGCAGAGUCGGCAGAUUGUGCAGAUGCAGCAAUCAUCGUCAAUGACCCAGCCUUCACCGAAACAAUCGACGAGAGCAAGAAGGAGUGGUUCAUCUGA